GACCCCAAAGGGCCAAGAUGGCUGCGCCCUUGACAGACGCCGGGGAGUUUGAAAGCUGGCUAAAUGAUCGGCUGGACUCGUUAGAAGUGGACCGAGAGGUGUAUGGGGCGUACAUUUUAGGGAUUCUACAAGAGGAAGAGAGCGACGAGGAGAAAGAAGAUGCGCUUCAAGGAAUUUUAUCCGCAUUUCUGGAGGAGAACACAGUGGAAGAUGUCUGUAAACAGAUCAUAAAGCAGUGGGUUGAGUGUUGCAGCAGAUCCACAGCCAAAAGGGAUGCUGAAGAUGAGGUCCAAGCCAUUGCCAGUAUGAUAGAAAAACAAGCUCAGAUUGUGGUGAAACAGAAGGACGUGUCUGAGGAGUCUAAGAAAAGGAAAGAAGCCCUUCUUGCCCAAUACGCUAACAUAACGGACGAAGAGGAUGCAGCUGAAGAAGAGGAGCCAACAAGUGGAAAUAUCAUCACUGGAAAUGAUAAAAGCCUGUUCAAGAACACCAAUGUGGAGGAGGUGCUCAACAGACAAAAGCAAAAGCGAGAUCAGGCUCGUGAAGAUGCUCAGAAGAAGAAGGAAACGGACAAGAUGCAGCGGGAGAAGGACAAACUAGCCAAACAAGAUAGAAAAGAGAAGGAGAAGAAGCGUACACAGAAGGGUGAACGCAAAAGAUAAAACUAAAAGAAAGGACACUUGUAUGUAAAAAAAAAAAAAAAAAAGUUUUGCUACAAUAUGAAAAAAAUAUAUUCUUUGGCUCUUUUUCAGCUCAACUCCACUGGCAUCUAAAGUUUUCCAUCCUCAUCGAACCCUUGUUUAUUACUUUGUGUAUAAUCAAUGAACUACAUGUGAACAACAAGCAAAAAAAACUUUUUUUUUUUUUUGACAGAUUUAAUCAGAAAACUGUCAUCAAGGAAAAAGCUGCACGUCUAUGAUGAAAACCACAACAGUCAAUCCCAAGUUGUUGGUCAAAAAUUGUUGCUCAAGUCUGCCAAAUAUAGUUUUUCCAACAAAUAUCGUCACCUUGUUAAGAUAACGGCCUAAGUCAUUUUUUAAUGAAAGUUUUAUUUUUGCCUAAAUCAUGUAGAUUUCUAUUUUUCGUUGAGUUUUUUGUCUUUUCUGAAAACCCAAAAAAAAAAAAAAAAAAAA